AUCAUUCAUCGCGGGACUCAAGUGGACAGCAGGAACCGACUCACCGUUGCGCCGCCGUUAGACGGUGAAUUCGAAGAACAAGGGCCGCUCCGCCGUGACCGGAACACCGUUGUCGCCUCUCGGAUUCGGUGCCAGCUGCAGUAACCCUCUCUCUUUCUACCUAGGGAUAAGUUGAUUUUGACAAAGCUAACGAGGCCAUGGCACGAGUUGACAAUUCAUCACAAUCAGAACCACCCUCCUUGGAAUCUUUAAUUGCAGAAGCUACAACAUACGGCGACAGUGAAAAUGAGUCUCUUGAUGCCAAAGCGCAAAAGGCACUAGAAUGCCCUUGUAUCGCUAACUUAAGGAAUGGCUCAUGUGGUGCCCAGUUCUCGGAGGCUUUCCUCUGCUUUCUGAAGAGCACCGCUGAAGAAAAGGGCUCUGAUUGUGUAAAUCCUUUCGUGGCGUUGCAGAAGUGCAUCAAGGUAAAUCCUGAUGCAUUUUCAGAGGACGUCUUAGAUGAUGAAGACGAAGUCAAGAAGGAAGUUGAGCCAACUAAAGAAUACAAAAUAAUUCCUCCCGAAUGGUCUGUGGCAUCGCGAAGUCCGAAGCAGAAGCUAUAGUAAUGUUUGUUUCUUUUCUUACCCUAGGAAUUCAUAGGGUGCCCUUGAGUUUGGGGAAAUUUGAGUCAUCCUAAUUACUGAUAUUUAUUUUCACUUUAUUUUUGAGCUUGAUUGAUAUCAAGACAAGAAUAAGUUAACCAUUGGAUUGAUAAUAAAAAUAAAAUUUAAUUAUCGA